ACGGGGCGGCUAGGUUUCCAGGAAGUGACGUCGAGCGACCGCGGUGAUGGAGGACUUGCUGGACCUAGGCGAGGAGCGGCGCCGUGGCCCGGCCAGCUCCGGCGCCAAGAUGGGUCGCCGAGCUCAACAGGAGUCAGCUCAAGCCGAGAAUCACCUAAGUGGCAAGAAUUCUUCGACUCUGACCAGAGAGGCUCCCCCUCCCAAGCCACCCCGCCGGCAAGGAGGCUGGGCAGAUGAUUCCUUGAAGGCUUCAAAGUCAGGAAGGAGGGCUUCCGAAGAAGUGGAAGAUCACCGCCUCAGACAGAAGAGCCUGGAUGAAUCGGAUGACGGAGGAGAUAUUCCUGUCAUUCCGGAUCUGGAGGAAGUACAGGAAGAAGACUUUGUUCUGCAGGUGGCGGCCCCUCCCAGCAUCCAAGUGAACCGGGUGAUGACCUACCGUGACCUGGACAAUGACCUCAUGAAGUACGCAGCCUUCCAGACCCUGGACGGAGAGGUCGACCUGAAGCUCCUCACCAAAGUGCUCGCGCCGGAGCAGGAAGUCCGGGAAGACGACGUCAGCUGGGACUGGGACCGUCUCUACACGGAGGUGUCCUCGGAGCUCCUCACCGAGUGGGACCUGCUGCAGACAGAGAAGGAGGACCCCGUGGGGCAGUCCGCACACACCUGAGCCCGUGGGGCACAGCACACCACUCUCGCUGCACGCAGUAGCCUCCGCUUUGGACUUUUAAAACGGCUGUAAGCCUAAAACUGAAAGAAGCUUGCAAGCAGCUUAGGGUUUUUAUAUGAAAUAUUUUGUAAUAAAAAAUAUUUAUUUUCAGGAGACCACUUUGGAUCAUUCCGUUGUAAUAAAUUGCUUUUUUCUGCAA